CCCUCAGUGGCCCUCGAGCAGCCGAAGAGAACGGUGGACUACAGUGUCGGAGCAACUGGUCCAACACCGCCGAAAGUCGCGACCACCAGCCUGGAGCGAUGUAAUCUCCGAGCGAGCAGGUCGAGUCCUCUGCCGUGAGAGCGAGCUUGGAAAAACCCCGUGCAGAGCUUGGAAGAGCCGGAAAGUAGCCGCAGGGUGAAACUGCAGGCUUAAAAAGACACAGGCAGAGCGUGGAGGCCUGUAACCGAUGGGUGGAGACCGGGACACCGUGUCUCCUCGUCUCGUUCCAAGGUGUCAAGCUAACCGAUGAGCCAUGCUGAAGGUGGUGGGCGCCUCGUGGCUGCAAACCCGCAUUUCCACGUACAUCCUCGUCGCCGUGGCCCUUCUGGGCAUCGGCGCGAUCAUCCUCGGUGAAUUCGGACAGGUUGAAAACGAUGGAACUUACUCGGCGACCGUGAAAUGGAACCGCAAGACUGGAUAUCGCAUCGACUUCUGGGGUCAGGGUAACGAUCUGGCCAUGAUACCGCUGGGCGCAGCUCGUGCCUAUUACAAGACUGGUAUCUACGAGACUGGGUGGUCGAUCAUAGAGAUCGAGACGUCCGCCGAUCACGACGACGUCGUCCAAGCGUACUCCGCCGGUCUCUUGGAAGGCAGUUUGACGUGGCAAUUGAUCCACCAUCACUGGCACAACACCAUAAGAGCUGGAUGCUUACAACGAGCCUCCAUAUGUCGGAAAAUACGUCAUUAUUUACGGGAGAAUUCGGCGAUCACCCGGGAGCGCGCCAACCUCCUAGCAGAGGAAGAUCCUUAUUGGCACAUGGUGAGUCUAUUUUAUGCACAACUGGAUGGCAUCGAAGCUGGUUGGAGAUUCGCCGUUCGUCGUAGUCGACGUUCCGUGGACAUCGAUUCCGAGGAUUUCCUCUGGUUAGCGAUGGCUUCGGAUUUGCCGGACUUCGCUCAAUCUUACAACAGCUCCGACGGUUUAUCAGGGUCCCAUGGAAUGAUCUUCCUAAAAGCACUUCCCAGAGAAAACUUGCAACCCCUUAUUGCGAUCGCACACAACACCGCAGCACCAUAUGCGAAGAUGUUACGGCUGUUAAAGAAGUACUCCUUCGGAUACCACGUUUCUUCUCUUAAAGAUGCCGAAGGAGUUAUGGGACAGACCAUUGUCACGACGUCGUAUCCAGGUGCCUUGUCGUCGCACGAUGAAUAUUAUCUGGUGUAUGGGAAGGACAGAGAACUUGUAGUAGCUGGGACACCAUUGGAAACUAACAAUCGCAUGCCAUGGAAUCAUUUGACUCCCAAGGAUCAGGUAUUAUCACCGAUUAGAAUUAUGACUGCAAAUCGAUUGGCGUCCGAUGGACAAACUUGGUCAAGGUUGUUGGCUCGUCAGAAUAGUGGCACGUCUAAUCGUCAAUGGGUGACGGUAGAACCACGCACUGGAACUGUGUGGUUGGUCGAACAAAUGUCCACCCUUACACACGCCACGGAAUAUUCGAAAGAAUUAUUCAACGAAGCUGGCUAUCUAAUUUGUACAGGAAUACCGACCUUCCAAGAGAUCCGGAGCGCCUUGAGCUUGGAACGGAAAGCGAUGAGUUCUAGAGAUGCUCAGAUAUCGCGUUUACAAGAAAACAUCACCACUGCCGAACACGUGAAAAGUCUAAUGCGGGGAUACAGCUACGAGGAUAAAGAAAACGAGGAAAAUGUAGAGGUUAUGUCAUCGGAUCUUAUGCAGAUUUUGGCCCUGAGAGGAGAUCUUAAGGACGUACCUAGACCUAUCGGCGUUAUCGACACGAAAUUAACUUUGGCUGAUUGUUUUGGCAUCGAAACUUUCGAAGCGAUCUCUGGCCCAACCUCUUCGCAUAACGUCGAUCCUUUCGAUUGGAGGAAAAGUUUUCCAAAUGUCUCCCAUGUCGGUCAACCCGACAGCUUUUCUUUUUGUGGAAUUACUCCUCUAUGGGUCUGGAUGUAAUUUUCUAAAUCUUCCUCGGACUGCCCACAGACGAAUGCAUAAUUCAUGUCGGUAUGUAUGUAUGUAAAAGUAUUUUCCUUGCACGAGGAAAAUAUUUAUACUGCAAUGUGUGACGUGCAUCAUGCAUUCCCUUCUUGGAUGGCUCAUAUGUCAGCCACCUGUGGUGACAGAAAUAAAUAAUUGACAGUA